GCUAAUUCCAUGGGCGCCGAAUUCUUAAGGCUGACCAAUUUUUCCAAAAGAAAAAAGAAAAGAAAAUCAUUUUAAGUACAAACCAGAUAACUCCCAGACGGGCUCAGCCAUGCGGGCCCCGCCCAUCGGGUCGCUAUCCGAAAACGAACUCCGCUGCCAUUGCACGAGGCUCCCCAAACUACCCCUGCAUCCACCCCGCCCCACCUGCAACGCCACCUGCGAAGCACGCCCGUGGCGCCGGCGCCGCCGCCACAUUAUCUCGCUCGGCAAGGGAAUCCUUUUCCGUCGUUCCCCUCGCCUCCUUCCACCCUGCUACUUAAUCAGCGCAUCGCCCGCUCUUAACCAUCGCCGUUCUCACCUUAAGUCCUUAACCAAAUACGAGUAGCUGAUCAAGAAAGCGAGGCUACGAAUCACCACCUGCCGUCGUCUGACCUGCCGCGGCGACCUGAUCGACUGGGAGCAGCUGAACGUGCACGUACGCCGCACUUGUCGCGUCGGUGCUUGAUUGGGAGAAGAUGGAGGCCGCCGCAUCAUCGUCGUCGUCGCUGAGCGCGCUGCUGCGGCACAGGCUGCGGGCCACCGUGCGCCGCUGCUUCGGCGACGGCGAGCGGAUGCGGUGGCGACGGCGCGCGGGCGUCGGGGAGUUCCUGUACGACCCGCUCAGCUAUGCGCUCAACUUCGACGGGGGCGACGUUGACGGCGAGGAGGCCCGCCGGCGGGGUCGCGUCCUGUACCAGCGGACAUUCUCGUCGCAGCUCACGCCGGUGCCGCGUGCCGCCGUCGAGGCCGCGUAGCGCCUCGCUCGCCUUGAGAGCUUGGCGGAAUGGCGGUGACUGAUGAGAUCGAGUGCUUGUGUGCAGAGUGUCUAUCUAUUCGCUUUUCCCCGUAUCAUGUUUUUGAUGACAAACAUAGCAAAGUUGAGUGAAUGUUCUACAUUA